AGCUCAAGUCUAUCAGGAAGGAAGGCCAGGGGGGAGUACCGAACUACUGGAGUGGGUAGACAACAGCACAACAACAAAAGUCUCUCGAAGUCCGACUUGCUGAAUCGCGAUGACCAUAAUUGUGUAUAUCACUUCGGUGACGUUCAAAAAAGAGGUAAGUCGGUGCUCAGCCGUGGUCAGUUUAGUACCGGUAGUUUAUGGGGCUUCUUACAUAUGUUGCGCCACUUUUGUUCAUCUAUGUGGUUAUGUUGUUUUUUUCCCCUCUCACUGGUCCUUAAGUUUAAAUUGUUUCCCUUAUCUACUUCAUGCCGAUCACACAUGUGUUUCAUAUACCGUACCGUAGCCAAUCUUUAGGCGUGUUUCCGUUGUUACUUUUCAUACACGCCAAUUAUUUUUUUUUUUAUCACAGAGAAGUAAUGUGAAAACUUCCUUAUGCCUCACCCUUAUCGCUCAUGUAAGGGCGUUCGCCUUAGGGGGGGGGGGGGUAACAUAUUCCCCCACAGGACCCGCCUACAAAGGCCCCAACGUAAUUCGGAUCAAUUUUCCAACCUGAUUCCUGUCCAAAGUUUUUUUUUUUUUUUAUCACAGUGGUUUAAUGUGAAAACUUCCUUUUGCCUCCCCCUUUUCGCUCUUGUAAGGGCGUUCGCCUUAGGGGGGGGGGGGAGGUAACAUAUUCCCCCACAGGAUCCGCCUACAAAGGCCCCAACGUAAUUCGGAUCAAUUUUCCAACCUGAUUCCUGUCAAAAGAUUCAUGGGUGGGUCAGGUUUACCAAAAUCGGUGACGUGUUUUUAAAUGUGUGUAUGUGCUGUACCAAAUUGCCUUCUUUCUUUCAAUAAACCUCAGGCCCUUGGUUCCCUUCUUCCCGUAUGCUCCACAUACAUAAACCUUAACCAGGGUGGUGGGCUGUGAACCAGAUUCAAGGGGGUAACAGAGGAAUGGGAGCCAUAAAUGGUGAAAGUGUGUGUGUGUGUGUGUGUUUUCGGUAGGGAUGGGAAGGAGGGAGGGGGGGGGGGGUUGCAUUUACCCGAAUGAUCAGGAAUUUAUUAUUUAAGAGACGGAACGCAAUGCCAAGAGGUAAAUGUCUGUCCCCCAGAAAUUCGGGAUUUCAACAGACAAAUUUAGCAACCCGCUCACAGUAGUGACAUCCGAAAAAAAAAAACCCACACAUACUAAUGACAUCUGGAACAACCCCCACAUACUAGUGACAUCCAAAACAAGCCCACAUACUAGUGACAUCCGAAACAACCCCACAUAUUAUUAGUGACAUCCAAAACAACCCAGCAUACUAGUGACAUCAAAAGCAACCCCACAUACUAGUGACAUCCGAAACAACCCCCACAUACUAAUGACAUCUGAGACAAAUUUUAAAAUAAACCUUCAUUUUAUUUUUUAAAAUUUAGUCCAUGUUUUUAAUCGUUUUAGUUAUUUGUUUUUUUAUUAAGGUAUUGCGAGCCGUUCAUAACGGAGGCGCGAGCCAUAAGUUUGCCCACCCCUGCACUAACUAAACAGAUGCACCCCAUCACUAAACAGAUGCGCCCCAUCACUAAACAGAUGCGCCCCAUCACUAAACAGAUGCACCCCCAUCACUAAACAGAUGCACCCCCAUCACUAAACAGAUGCACCCCCAUUCAUUAUAUCCUAUCCACGCCUUAACUUUCCUGUGUACGCACUAAGCUCAGCCACAGUGUAAUGUAACGUGCACAGCCUGAAUAAUUUUAUGAAGUUGAGUCAGUAAUUAGAAACAACUGCGACUAUCUCAGUGAUGCUUCGUUUUGUGAUGAGUCACCGGCGAUGAACAGAUGCAGGCCUGUCCUGUGAAAACGGCUGAACUGUUGUCCUUUUUUUUUUUUGUUGUUUUUUUUUUUGUUGUUUUUUUUUUUUUGUUUUUUUUUUUUUUUUUUUUUGUUGAAAUUUUUCUUAACGAACCCGUAAAAAAAAAAAAAUUUUUUUUUUUUGUUUUUUUUUUUUUUUGUUGUUUUUUUUUUUUUGUUUUGUUGUUGUUUUUUUUCAGUCGAAAUUUUGCAUAACGAACACGUAAAAUAAAAAAAAAUAUUGAGGUAUCCUAAUUUUAGGUCAUGUGGCCGCAAAGUAAUGUAAUGUAGACUACUCGGUGUAAAUAUAUUGAUUUAAGUAACACUAUUAUAUUAUUAUAACAAACGUAUUCUAAUGACACACCACGCCUCACUGACAUUGCUGAAUAGUCGUAUCCUUUAAGAUUUAGCUUUAACAAAAUUUGGAGGAAAAGGGUUCAUAAUUUUUUUUUUUAAAGAGGAAUAAAGUUAGUUCCGUAUACUUCACCCUAUAAACGCUUUUCAUACAGUUCACAAUCACUUACGUCUUAGCUCUUGCAAUGAAAUAGUAGAAAGGGGGCAUGUUGAAGCUUGAAGAAGCAGAGCAUUGUAAAAACAAAAAAAAAAAAGGAUAUCUUCAAUUUUUUUUUUUUUUUUUUUUUUUUUUUUUUUUUUUUUUUUUUUUUUUUUUUUUUUUUUUUUUUUUUUUUAAUUAAUGUGCUCUGUUUCUUGUUGUAUUUUCAUUUGCUGAAAAAGGCUCUAAUCCGAAAGGUCCAUAUCUUUUCCUGUCUAUUGACUCAAGUUUCACCAUAUCGUGUUCUACUAUUUCAUUUACACAGCUUGAAUGCGGCCCUUCAAUUAUUAUAUCGUAAAUAUUUCAAGCAUUCAUCAAAUAUUUAUAUAAAUUUGGUUGUGUUAUGUCUAUUUUUAGAUAAUAAUUUGAAUCAUUCGAUGGUGUCAGCUGCAGUUAGGAGUCCCCUGUGUCCACCCCCAAGCAUAAGUUGUUCGUCCUUCGCACGUUAGGUUGACCAGGGCAAUGUUCGAUUUGAGUAGUAACCAUGACUUGAGUAGUAGCCUUGACUUGAGUAGUGAGUAGCCUUGACUUGAGUAGCAGCCAUGACUUGAGUAGUAGCCUUGACUUAAGUAGUAGCCUUGACUUGAGUAGUAGCCUUGACUUGAGUAGUAGCCAUGACUUGAGUAGUAGCCUUGACUUGAGCUGUAAUCUUUUUUUUAAACAAAUUGAGGGAGAGUUGCUCUGUUCUUCAGCCUCACUAUUUCGUCCUUGCCUAUUUGAUCCAUGGCAAGACUUAAUCAAGAAGACUGUAAAGAGACCAGGAUACGAUUGAUGACCAACACUGUGCCCUUUAAGCGUUCUGCGUCGCGGGACGUCGGAAAAUUUUCAUGGUGAAAAUGUUUUAAGGCCAUCGGGGCUCCAACUCCGAGUUUUAUUUCAGCGUUUGCCUUCUCAUAGAUGAGUUGCCAUCCAAGGUUAACGGCUCCCAUCCAACCGGGCUGCUUAUAUAGUUUUGUUUUUUUUUGCUUGUCUAUGCGUUUUCUGGUGAUUGAAAUCCAGUCCACUAGUUCCGAACGCGUAGAUUUUGUCCGCCCCACUCUCAGUGCGUACAGUGAUGCGCUCUCAUUCGCUGCUUACUCCGCCAUACAUGCCAAAUGCACACAAAAUAACACAUUCGUUAACAACAGCUCAUGGACAGCUUAAAACUUAAUUGCUAUAGAGGCAGAUGAAGGGACUGAUGACAGAUUAUGCACCACAUACCAUAUUUUCUGCGUUGCCCCAUCUAGAAUAUGUAUAUAUAUAUAUAUAUAACUGCAGCCUACAACUACAAUUCUACAGGGGUAUAAAAAUAACAGAUGUAGGUAAAUAUAUCUAUAUAUAAUGUUUGAGUUGGAUUUUCAUUACAUUGCAUAUAAUCACACUCAUGCUGUCUCUGUUGUCGAGUCUAAGCUAACUCUGCACUGACUCUCCACACCAGCUCCACACACAGCAGGGCCACAUAGAGACGGUCCUCAAAGCCAAGCAGCUGCCCUACCAGUUCAUCGACAUCGCCCUGGACGUCAGCAAGAAGGACGAGAUGAGAGAGAAAUGCGGCAAUGAGACAGCGGUGGCGCCACAGAUCUUUAACGAUGAUUAUUACUGUGGCGUAAGUGUGGCUCCAUCUCACUUCAUUAGAUCCGCUCCGCUCACCUGUGUCAUGUGUUUUAUUGUCAGCGUUAUAGGCACCAUCUCACUUCAUUAGAUCAGUCCCGUUCACUUGUGUCUUGUGUUUUUAUUGUCAGUGCUACAGGCACCAUCUCACUUCAUUAGAUCCGUCCCGUUCACUUGUGUCAUGUGUUUUAUUGUCAGUGUUACAGGCACCAUCUCACUUCAUUAGAUCCGUCCCGUUCACUUGUGUCAUGUGUUUUAUUGUCAGUGCUACAGGCACCAUCUCACUUCAUUAGAUCCGUCCAGUUCACUUGUGUCAUGUGUUUUAUUGUCAGUGCUACAGGCACCAUCUCACUUCAUUAGAUCCGUCCAGUUCACUUGUGUCAUGUGUUUUAUUGUCAGUGCUACAGGCACCAUCUCACUUCAUUAGAUCCGUCCCGUUCACUUGUGUCUUGUGUUUUAUUGUCAGUGCUACAGGCACCAUCUCACUUCAUUAGAUCCGUCCCGUUCACUUGUGUCUUGUGUUUUAUUGUCAGUGCUACAGGCACCAUCUCACUUCAUUAGAUCCGCCCCGCUCACAUGUGUCAUGUGUUUUAUUGUCAGUGCUACAGGCACCAACAUUAGAUCCGUCCAACUUGUGUUCUGCGUGUUAUUGUUGAGUCUGGCAGUCAACUCUGUGUCUUACAACGGGUCGUGACUGCGAUCUUACUGAUUGGGUGUCAUUUAAAUUAUGCAAUUCUCACACCGCACAAAUAAGGUGCUUUUCAACGUUAUUCAAUGGGAGUAGGUUAAAUUGGAAGAUGGACGCGUGCAGGGUGAUUGGGGGGGGGGGAGGACAAAUGCUUUUUCUGACAGGCCGUGGUAAAUUUUACAGUGGCAUCUUUUUAAUGAAAAAAAAAAUCCUUUGGGUGUCUAAGUAAUGUUAUCAGUAAAUCUUCAAUUUAAAUGACGUUAUUAGGUUUUUAAAUAAGAAGCAUCUCGUUAGAUCAGGGGUUCUCAAACUCUGAAAAUCUCUAAAAUCUUACAGCUGUCUUUUUUUUUUUUUACUCAUCUAACAACAGAUAAAAAUGAGGGUUACCGGAAAUGUGAUCGAAAGAAAUUUCGUCGACGGUAAAUUGAUCGAGGGUAAUUUGAUCGAACGCAAAUUUGGUCGAAUCAUUUUUUCAGUGCAAACUUUAAAAUUUUCGUCAAAUUUCUUUUGGAACGCAUACAAAAUAUUUGUUUUUUCAAAUGUUUUAGAUGUUACGGAUAUGGUCUUUUUUUUUGUUUUAUUUAUUUAUUUAUUUUUUUGAUGCCAAAGGAAAAUGUUCUCUAUUCCAUGUACCCAGAUUAAUAAGAAUGCCCCACAGCUCCAAUGUUGAACAGGUACUUUUGAAAUGUGGCCAUCGCAGCUUGGUCUCUGUUUAUCCUGUUAGUGAUGAGAUGUCUGGAUUGCUAGUGAGGACCUGGACAAAAACGAAGUGUUUGAUGCCUCCAUGGACAUCCUAAUAUUUUUUUUAACCUUCCUGGCCACCGUACUAUAAAUGUUUUGCCUGUUCAGAAAUGGGCACAUGUUUGUCCACAAAUGGAUUACGGUGACUUCACGGUACUUUUUAAUCCGCGAGAUCCUGUCAUACCGCUUUGAAGCAUCUUCUGAGUAUAGGGCGUACAGUAUGGAAUCAUAAAAAAAUGUCAUGAUUUAUCAAAAUUUAAUAUCUGUCUCUUUGUCGUGUCCUUUCAGGAUUACAAGACCUUUCAACAAGCGGUGGAAGAGGACCGAGUUUUGUCAUUUCUUAAGGUUGUCUAAUGCAGGUAAAUGAAACUAGGAAAUUCGACUUUGUCAUGUAAUUAGCUAAUGUGAAUAAAUCUAACCCAGCGGCCUACAACUUACAAUGCCGCAGGUAUCCGAAAUGACGGAUGUAGGUCACAUCGCGUGUUGUUUGUGCUAUACUCCAAAAACAACCUGGGCUGGAAUGUAGUGUAAGCGUAUAGUUACCAUUACAGAUGACAGCAGUUUUAAAUAUGCUACAAACAACGCAAGCUUUGGCUGUUUCGGUGGCUCUCGACAUUGACUCUGGACAUUGACUCUGAACAUUGACUCGGGACAUUGACUCUAGACAUUGACUCUGGACAUUGACUCGGGACAUUGACUCUAGACAUUGACUCUGGACAUUGACUCGGGACAUUGACUCUGAACAUUGACUCGGGACAUUGACUCUGGACAUUGACUCUGGACAUUGACUCUGGACAUUGACUCUGGACAUUGACACUGGACAUUGACACUAAACAUUGACUCUGGACAUUGACUCUGAAAGUUGAUUCUGGACAUUGAUACUGAACAUUGGCUCUGGACAAUGGCUCUGGACAAUGACACUGGACAUUGACAAUGGACAUUGACACUGAAAAUUGACUCUGGACAUUGACUCUGACCAUUAACGCUGACCAUUGACUCUGGACAUUGACUCUGAACAUUGACUCUGGACAUUGACUAUGGAAUUAAUACUGAACAUUGGCUCUGGACAAUGACAAUGUACAUUGACACUGAACAUUGACUCUGGACAUUGACUCUGACCAUUGACUCUGGACAUUGGAUCUGAACGUAGACUGUGGGCAUUGGUAACAUUCUUAUUGACACUGAACAGUGGUAACAGUCUUAUUGACUCUGGAAAUUGACUCUGGACAUUGGUAACAGUCUUAUUGACACUGAACAGUGGUAACAGUCUUACUGACUCUGAACAUUGACUAUGGACAUUGACUCUGAACAUUGAUUCUGAACAUUGACUCUGAACAUUGGUAACAGUCUUAUUGACUCUGGACAAACAUUACAAAUUAAAGCCCCUGCAAUUAUAGAAACAUGAAAUGUUUUACAAAUUAUCAAGAACUGCAACUUUCUCAAAGCAUGUUAGCCAUGCUUGACCAGUAGAUCAAAGGAAAUAUUAAUAAUACAAGAUAUUUAAAUGAUGACAUUUGCUCCAGUAUAACUUUUAUGUGUAAUGUGUUGAGGUCACUAAAUGGAUGGACUGAUUUUUUUUAAAAAGUACAUGUUUCUCUAUUUAAUUUUCAGUUUCAAGCAAACGAACUCUUUACUGCUUACGAAUCUUCUCAACGUGUCUUUGAAGCUGUCAAGGGAGUUGCCUGUCCAUUAUGCUGGAGCACACCAAAAGGCAUUAUUCUUUAAGUUGGACUCCCUCUCUUGUACUCUUAACAAAUGUUUGAUUAUUUAUUUUUAUUUUUUUUUAAAUUAGGAAAUGAUCACGAUAAAAAUUACUAAUUUAAAGUAAUUUUUGUUUAUUAAAAUUUACCACAGGCUCUUAAAAAAUCUGGCUCACCGCUCCCGAUAGUUGGACAGAUAACUUAAUCACUGAGAAACUUAAUAUUUGUGAUGUUUGAGGUUAUUCUGAGAUGAAACAAAACAUAUGUUUGUAGCCUGGGCUUGCAAGCAGAUAAUUUAAGAUCUCCAGACUUGCAUCAUGUCUAAAGAUAUGAUUGAAGUGGAAACUGUUACAUUUUUGUUUUAAUAGUGUGAAACAAACGGGAGUACAUUUUUACUAAAUAUUCCUUGUCAAAGGAAGUAAACUGCAAUAGUUAAUAGUGCCUAGAGCAGGAAUAAUUUUUUUUUCUUUUUUAAUGAAUGGUUGGAAUAGAAAAAAUAGACAACAGAUUUUCAAACAAACACGAGACAUUUUUUAAGGCUUUUGUGGCAAUGUUUAAAAGAGGAAAUUUGCAUAAUUGAAAACAUGUUGUUUUUUUUAAAAAGAGUUUCAUCAAAUUUCUUGAUAUAUAAGUGGUUUCAAUAUUUUUAUCCAAUGAUCUUAUUUGGAAACUAUAAUUUUAUUUAUUUACCUAAGUAUAGUUUUAAGAGUAUCUAACACAUGAGAUAAUUUAUAAAAAAAGAUAUUUACUUGAUCAAAUGGGAUCUUCUUGUGCUACACGCAUUUGUGAGCAUGAACUUUGUAUGGUAGGACCUGAGAAACAUUGGAAGUUUGAUGUCUGAAAGCAUGGUCUCAAAUGGAAUUUAGAAUGAAGUCUACAGGUGUGGAAAAAAUGUCAGUGCAUGGAUGAGUUUUCAGACCUGUAUCUUUAGCUAAUGGGACUUUUCCAAAGUGAUGCAUUUUGUUUUGCUGACAUUUUGUACUUGUAUCACUUGAGCAUCUUAAAUAUAUCAUGUGGCUGUCUUCAACCAGCUGUGAAGAUGUCUAUACGGUAAUAUGCUUUUGAUAUUUUCUGCCACAGUAUUUCUGGUACUUGAGCCAAAAGUUUAAUUUUAUCCAGUGAGUGGGUGCUUAUGCUAAGUGUUACAGUAGAGGACAUGGAGGACCUGGCUGCAUAAUUACCCAAUGAACUAAAUAAAUAAAUUUGACUUUUUUAUUGAAACAGUCAUUAGUUUCAGAUUGUUAAGUAUAAACUACCGGUAUGAACUUAGAUUCUAAUGUUUAGAAACAAAUAAUUUAAAAAACUCCCUAGCUAUUUAUUUUGGUGUAGAUUUGUGGAAAGUUUCAAAAUUGAGCAUUUAAACUUGUAGUUGUGGUUGAGUAAUUAUCAAACAAUCUGAAAUUAUUAUUUUUUUUCUUCCUGUAUCAGUCACAGUUUUCCUAUUACUUAAAGCUGUGCACUUGGUAAAUGGAUGUUUUUGACUUACAUAUUUGAUGGAUCAUAACUGAUAAAUGUUCACAAUAUGCUGUCCAGUGUAUGAUAGACUGUAUAUUUUUUUUAAAGUCUUCAAUUUAAGGGUGUUUUAUUCAAUCUAUUGCUCCCUAAGUACAUUCUUCUUAUUACAUGUUAAGUCCUCUUUUUGGUCAAGCAGGACUUUUGCUUUAUAUGUCAUUUAUAUUCAAAUUGUGGGACAAUUUUUUGUCCAAUAAACUUGACAAUGAUGAGACUUGUUACGCAUGAAUAAGCUUGGUCAAAUUGUGUAGCAUCCUUGUCCACUUGAGUAAAUGCCAACACUAAUUAGCAGCAUUUCAUUACUAACAUCAGCUGAUAAACAGCUCUAACAAAACAAUACUGUCUAUAACUAUAAAA